AUGGAACAGAUCUCAAGAGAUCCCGAUAUAUUCGUGUUUCACAAUAUGGCUUCAAGCACAGAAAUCGCAAUGUUGCAGCGAAUAAUGGAAAAAGUGAUGCAUACUAAAAUCGAUUAUCUUGAAGAAUUACGAUAUUAUCAGUUUCAACGCACAGUGAGUCAAUUUUGGAUGCCCAAUCCAGAUCUUCCACGGAAAGAAGAUAUGGUUGUGAGACGCAUACGACAACGAUUUUCCGAUUUGUCAGAUUUCUACAUUAGCGACGCAUAUCUGGCGAAUAUGCUGAGGUAUGGCUAUGGCGGUCACUAUGAAGGUCACAAUGAUUUCUUGAAUGAUACUAUACCGAACAUCGACGAUCGCAUUGCCACCAUAGUGUUGUAUCUGAAUGAUAUGCCAAGUGGUGGUGGAACAAUGUUUCCUACGCACCAGUUGACGGUGCAGCCAGAGGCUGGAAAGGCUUUGCUCUGGUAUAACCUAAAGUUGGACACCUUUGACUUUGAGACGCGUAACUUGCACGCUGCCUGUCCUGUGAAAAUAGGCACUAAAUGGGCAAUGACGCAAUGGAUACACGAGGACGAUCAGAUGUUUACUAAUCCUUGCUUGAAGCCUCCAAAAAAACCGCAAAUAUUAGGAAAGUUAUAAACUUACAUAAAAAAUACCCUGUGAAAAAAAGAAAAAAGAAUGAUUAUCAGAA